UGCGCAUCAAAAGAAAUCGUAGUGAGGCACCUUUUCAAUCUUCAACCUCAACACCGAAUUCAUACUCUAAAAUGGCCUCGGCACUAGCAAUUGGAGGUGGCGUAGCAGUCGCUGCAUUCCUCGGCCGCGCAGGACUCGUCGCAUGGCGGCGCUCUCGGGGCGGCGUCGGUGCUCUAGGCAAAGCCUUCUAUAAGGGCGGAUUUGAGCCGCGCAUGACCAAGAAAGAAGCCACCUUGAUCCUUUCUCUCAAUGAGCGAGCCCUCACUAAAGAAAAGGUCCGCAAAGCCCACCGCACGCUGAUGCUACUGAACCAUCCGGACCGAGGCGGAAGCCCAUACCUAGCUACAAAAGUCAACGAGGCGAAAGAGUUUCUGGAGAAAAACAGUUAGCGCUUAGAGAACCCUAGGCGUACGAUGUAUAACACGGCUGCAUGCAUAGAGCGAUGGCGUUAUGGUCACGGUUCAUAAGAGGAAAUUUAUUGCGUUUGUUAGGCCAUGUAUGGUCUGUAUUCUGCCUGCAAUACAAAUAAGACCCUAUCUCAUGGGCCAACUCUCUUCUCGAAUUUUCCCGAAUUCAUCGCAAAUUCGCAUACAUAUUAUCUUGGGAAUGAGCAUUUAAGAAAUAAGUAAUGUGUCAGCUCCACACCCUCUUACUCCGCGGGAAUAGUGAUCUCUCGUCUUUGGAUCCGGUGG